UCUGUGAUUGCUUGAUUGUGUGGGCUCUGGGGCAGCUUAAUGUGAGCCAAUGGGCGCAUAAAGGAUCAAGUGAAGAGAUAACGAAGGAAAGUGAAAAUAAAUAAACAAAUAAAUACGUGAAAACAGCUGUGCGGCUUAAGAGUGUGUGCGCGUAACGGUACAUUUAUAUAGUUGACUGGUGUGGUUUGCGUGCCGCAGGUGCGGCGCGGUGAUUGGUUUGUGGCGUCUGCAUUUCAGUCGGCUUUUCCGCUUGAUUCGCUGGAUUACCAGCAAAGCCGCAACUGGCAUGAGGUUCUUAAAUUAAUGAGCGCAUAUGCACCUAAAAACUUGGGCAUUGCGACCGAGCGUCCACACGCACACUCAACGGAAUUAGAGCUUAAUACAAUAACACUAAUAAUAUUUGGUUCAGAUUAAGCACACAUGAGCGGCUCGAGCGGUUCGAGCGGUUUACCUAACGCAACCGAGCAUCAUCAGUCACAGCGCCCGAAGUGCCGGGCAAAAAGCGAAAGGAUAAUUUUCGAGUGUUAACCACAGCCGGAGGACAUUUAACACAUCAGCGACUUUUGGUCUCGAUCGUACUAACAACCUGGUAGAGAGGAAAGUAGAACAAACACCCUAACGGGUUGACUGGAUACAUAAAAAAGCGUAAGAAAAAACGUUUGCGACUAGAAAGCGGAAGGCGGAAGACAUCCACUGAGCAGCUUGAACAGAAUCUUGAGCGCAACAGACACGCCUUGUGAUUGGCAAAGGCAACACCUGCCCCAAUAAAUUCAAGUAAAGCAUAGCUUUAGCAGAGUCAUAAGCAUAGACCACGCGUGGAUUCGUUGAACUCAUCCGAACGCACCGACAACAGUGGCUGCAGCGGUUCCAAUUCAGCGCAGGUUUCCGCCCGCAAGCGGGGAACGUAUUAUCACUGCCCUUAUUAUCCGCCACAUCUUUGCCACUUGAAGCGAUAGCAGCUGCGAAUAUAUCCUUUGAGCGCGCCACAUUGCAUCAAAAAAAGAGCAGCGCGCGCGGUAUCCUCUGAUAUUCCACGAACUAUUCUCUGCUCGCACUGCGCACCACCAAAAGGCAACGCACGUUCUACAAAUAAGCUUUGCGGCUAACGCGCUCGAGCUUCCGCCUCACUGCGCCGCGCCACCAGGUACACUAAGCAACGCGCACGCACUACGUACAACGAAUUGGGUCGACGUGUCGGCAUGGUGCGCGACAUCUUUCUAUAUAUUCUUUUAAUUGUUUUAUUUUGCCUGAUUUUCAUGGCGCAAUUGCUGGUGAACGUUUACGCCUUUCAACGACAGCCGCCCACCACGAAGUCAGAUCGCGCCGAUAUUAGUUUUGUAUAAGCUUGCCGCAGAACGUGACACAUGAGUUGCGCGGAGGUCGCGCGAUUGAAGAGCAAGACGACAGAGGCGCUAACGCGCGGUCAAUGGGCACAAACUGACCACAAGAAAGUGUUUAAACCACUGAGAGUGCUGUUGCGCUGGUGUAUGCACAAAAACAAAAGAACAAAUCCGCGUUGCAACGUUUCGCUUAAUCAGGCCGACAAUCAGGUCGCGCGCUGAAGCCAUCUCUGUAAGUGCGCAGAAUGUCGGAUUACGGCGGCGUCGGCGGCCACAGCGGAAUGACUGUGUGGAUUAAUUAUGGCACAAGUGUAUCCUGCAGCAAAGUCACGGUUUCAAUUAAAUGUCAGCACAACAAAGAGAAGUGGGCACUUCGCUUGGAUAAGAGCUGUGACGCGACGCGUUGCAAGCGCCGGUGAGGAGGCAGCACGAAAAUGCGGAACUUGAGCUAAUUAAGAUUUACGGGAAACAGAAAAAAUUAACUAAAAAGCAACAGUAAAUGUAAAAUGACAGAGAGAACGACGAGCAACGACUAAUGAAAAACAAAACAAAACUACGAAGUUAAACGAAUUUCAGCGCGAUGACAUUAAAUGCAUAAAUUCAUGAAGUGUAAACAAAUAAAACCACAAAUGACAUUCCGGAAACUAUAAAUAU